AUGUUCCGUUUGGCUCCCUUAACCCGCCAGGCGCGGCUCAUGCCGUUGCGCCAGUUCAGCCACAGCAUUCGGGCGUUCCAGAAAGUGGGUCCUGGCCUGUCUGACCCCGUCAAACCCGAUGCUAAGCCCACCACCGAGGCUGGAGCAAAGGCCGAUGCCGCCACCGAAACGGACGCUAAACCCAAGAAGAGACCGCUUUCGAGAGUGGCAAUUGGUGGCCUGAACCAGUCGCAGGGUAGAUCGAAUAACCUGAUUGAGUUUGCCCUGUGGAAGGCGGUGAUGGUGCUCAUUGUUGGGGGUGGUUUGUUCACCUGGUGGUUCUCGAGAGAAAAGGAGCGGCUCCGCAUCCAAAAGGAGGUCGAACUGAAACGUCUGUACGGUAAGCCUCUCAUUGGCGGUCCCUUCAAGUUGGUGGACACCAACAACCAGCCGUUCACGGAGAAAGACCUCGUCCACGACAACAAGGAGUUCCUGAUCAUCUACUUCGGGUUCACCCACUGUCCCGACGUGUGUCCCGAUGAACUCGACAAGUUGGGCGAGAUGUUGGCCGCGUUGAGAAAGGACAACAUCAAGUUGCACCCGUAUUUCAUCACCUGCGACCCUGCUCGCGACUCGCCCGAGAUCAUCAAGGAGUACCUUGAAGACUUUGACCCGCUGAUCGUGGGGUUGACUGGUACCUACGAGAAUGUCAAGAACGCGUGCAAGCAGUACCGGGUGUACUUCUCCACUCCGCCCGACGUCAAGCCCGGCCAGGACUACCUUGUCGACCACCUGAUCUUCUUCUACUUGAUGGACGCCGAGGGUAAGUUUGUCGACGUUAUUGGCCGUGAAGCCACUGCCGAACAAGGGGUGGAAAAGAUCAAGGGCCACAUCGACGCGUUCAUCCCCGAGCUGGAGCGCCAAGCUCGUAAAGAGGGCUGGUUGGGCUUCUUGUAUAAGUAG